CGGACGGCAGCAGCGAUGGCCAAGGCGGCGCACGACGGCCCACGCCGCCGCCCCAUGCUGGGUGGCAUCCAGGACGCGCCGGCGGGGCGGGAGAACGACCUCGAGACCAUCGAACUGGCACGAUUCGCCGUCGCCGAGCACAACACCAAGGCCAACGCGUCGGUCGAGUUCGAGAGGCUGGUGAAGGUGAGGCUGCAGGUGGUGGCCGGGUGCAUGCACUACUUCACCAUCGAGGUCAAGGAGGACGGCGCCAAGAAGGUGUACGAAGCCAAGGUGUGGGAGAAGGCGUGGGAGAACUUCAAGCAGCUCCAGGAAUUCAAGCCCGUACCCUGAGAUGCUCUGCAUAUACUAUGUUACUGAUAUGGCGACUUAGCCUUGUCGUUGGAGCCUAUCCAACAUGUCGGUCUCACUGGCUUUAGGUGCUUCAUGAUGAAUAAACUUGUGGGUAUGGUUCCCAUAAUGGAACACGCUCAUUGAGUUGAUGAAUUCCAAGUGUUUAUAUCA